AUGGGAUGUUAAGUUUGUAUUCCAUCCUGCCAUUUCCUGGUUGCUUCCUGUGUGUUUUUCAUGCCUCCCUGGUUUGAACGUCGCUGACACUGUUCGUCCAAUGAUAUGAGUCCACAUGCAGCGCAGGGGAAGAGGGGCAGCAGUGAGGCAGUUUGAUAAAAUCAGACUGUCAGCACGGUGCGAAGACACAGCAAGCUGCGCCACGGUGAGGCAGGCAGGGCACGGGAAACCUGGAGAGACUGGACCGGGUGCAUGCAGGCUUCCACACAGGACAGUGCUGCAGUAACUCUGCAACCAUUUUCGGAAAUUACAGGACAUUCAGACUCAUUUUCAAAUCAGGGAAGAUGAAUUAGAGGAAUUCGUGGGAAGAAGAUCUUAAACACCUCAGACCGUGCUGUCGAUUGCUAUUCGAGUAUACAUGCUCAGUUGGCAAAGUCUUAAAUCCAACAGUGUUGUCAUUUUGAAAGCACCUGAAGGCACCAUACAGCAGCAUUUCGAGGGGAGCUGUGUGUGAAGGUCUUUUCCGCCAUGGAGAACGCGCACACGAAGAGUGUGGAAGAAGUUUACAGUUAUUUCUGCGUCAAUGAGAGCACAGGACUUUCUCUGGACGAGGUGAAGCGUCAGAAGGAGAAAUGGGGCCUAAACGAGUUACCAGCAGAAGAAGGGAAAUCUUUGUGGGAGCUUGUCCUUGAACAAUUUGAAGAUUUACUUGUUCGAAUUCUUCUGCUGGCUGCAUUUAUAUCUUUUGUCUUGGCCUGGUUUGAGGAGGGAGAAGAAACAAUCACAGCCUUUGUGGAGCCUUUUGUAAUUUUACUUAUUCUUAUAGCCAACGCCAUCGUCGGCGUGUGGCAGGAACGUAAUGCAGAAGAUGCAAUUGAGGCACUUAAGGAGUACGAGCCUGAGAUGGGCAAAGUGUACCGACAGGACCGGAAGACUGUGCAGAGGAUCAAGGCCAGAGACAUCGUGCCGGGAGACAUCGUGGAGGUUGCUGUUGGAGAUAAGGUUCCGGCAGACAUCCGUAUCUGUUCAAUCAAAUCAACGACUCUGAGGGUCGACCAGUCCAUUCUGACCGGUGAAUCUGUCUCUGUGAUCAAACACACGGAUCCUGUUCCCGACCCACGAGCUGUCAAUCAGGACAAAAAGAACAUGCUCUUCUCAGGUACUAACAUUGCUGCUGGAAAAGCUGUGGGUGUGGUUGUGUCCACUGGUGUUAACACAGAGAUCGGGAAGAUCCGGGACGAGAUGGCGGCCACCGAGCAGGAGAAGACACCCCUGCAACAGAAGCUGGAUGAGUUUGGCGAGCAGCUGUCCAAGGUCAUCUCGCUCAUCUGCAUCGCUGUGUGGAUCAUCAACAUCGGACACUUCAAUGACCCCGUCCACGGAGGAUCCUGGUUCCGCGGGGCAGUGUACUACUUUAAGAUCGCCGUUGCCCUGGCUGUCGCUGCCAUCCCUGAGGGACUCCCUGCUGUCAUCACCACCUGCCUGGCGCUGGGCACUCGCCGCAUGGCAAAGAAGAACGCCAUCGUGCGCAGUUUGCCAUCCGUGGAGACCCUUGGUUGCACCUCUGUCAUCUGCUCUGACAAGACGGGAACGUUGACCACCAACCAAAUGUCUGUGUGCAGAAUGUUUGUUCUCAACAAAGCUGACGGGGAGAGCUGCUCACUGUCAGAGUUCACCAUCACAGGGUCUACAUACGCACCCGAGGGAGAAGUGUUCCAGGAUGGUAAACUAGUGAAAACCUCCCAGUAUGAUGCUCUGGUUGAACUGGCGACUAUCUGUGCCCUGUGCAACGACUCCUCUCUGGACUUCAACGAGGUGAAGGGAGUGUAUGAGAAGGUCGGUGAGGCCACAGAGACUGCACUCACCUGUCUGGUGGAGAAGAUGAAUGUUUUCGACACUGAAGUUCAGAGCUUGUCUAAGAUUGACCGAGCUAACGCCUGCAACUCAGUGAUCAAGCAGCUGAUGAAGAAGGAGUUCACCCUAGAGUUCUCCAGAGACAGGAAGUCCAUGUCUGUUUACUGCACCCCAAACAAGUCUCGCUCUUCCAUGGGGAAGAUGUUUGUUAAGGGAGCCCCAGAGGGAGUUAUUGAGAGGUGUGCUUAUGUCAGAGUGGGCAACACUAAAGUUCCCCUCAGCAAAGGAAUCAAGGAGAAGAUCAUGUCUGUGAUCCGGGAGUACGGUACCGGUCGUGACACCCUGAGGUGCCUGGCUCUGGCAACACGAGACAGCCCACCUAAAAUGGAGGACAUGAUUCUGUCUGACACGGCCAAGUUUGCUGAUUAUGAGUCUGACCUCACCUUUGUCGGGUGUGUCGGCAUGCUGGAUCCCCCCAGACAAGAGGUGGCUGCCUCCAUCACGCUGUGCCGCCAGGCCGGCAUCCGCGUCAUCAUGAUCACCGGAGACAACAAGGGCACAGCUGUGGCUAUCUGUCGCCGCAUUGGUAUCCUGACAGAGGAAGAUGAUGUGGAGUGCAUGGCCUUCACAGGGCGAGAGUUUGACGAACUCUCGCCCUACAAACAACGUGAGGCUGUGACUCACGCUCGUUGUUUUGCACGCGUUGAACCUUCGCACAAGUCCAAGAUCGUUGAGUUCCUGCAAGGAUUUGAUGAGAUCACUGCUAUGACAGGUGAUGGAGUGAACGAUGCCCCUGCCUUGAAGAAGGCAGAGAUUGGCAUCGCCAUGGGCUCUGGCACUGCCGUGGCCAAAUCAGCCUCUGAAAUGGUUCUCGCCGAUGACAACUUCUCCUCCAUCGUGGCCGCUGUUGAAGAAGGCAGAGCAAUUUACAACAACAUGAAGCAGUUCAUCAGAUACCUCAUCUCGUCCAACGUGGGGGAGGUUGUCUGCAUCUUCCUCACCGCUGCGCUGGGCUUCCCCGAGGCUCUUAUCCCGGUUCAGCUGCUCUGGGUGAACCUGGUGACUGAUGGACUCCCUGCCACCGCCCUGGGCUUCAACCCUCCAGAUCUGGACAUCAUGGAGAAGCCUCCUCGUAACGCCAAGGAGCCCCUGAUCUCCGGGUGGCUCUUCUUCAGAUACUUGGCUAUUGGAUGCUAUGUGGGUGCAGCCACAGUAGGAGCUGCUGCCUGGUGGUUCACGGUCUCAGAGGAUGGACCUCAGCUGACUCUGUACCAGCUGAGCCACUUUCUCCAGUGCGCCCCAGACAACCCGGAGUUCGACGGCCUGGACUGCCAUGUGUUUGAGUCGCCCUACCCGAUGACCAUGGCUCUGUCUGUGCUCGUCACUAUUGAGAUGUGCAAUGCUCUUAACAGUCUGUCUGAGAACCAGUCCCUGCUGCGGAUGCCUCCCUGGGAGAACAUUUGGCUUCUGGGGGCCAUUUGCCUCUCCAUGUCCCUCCAUUUCCUCAUCCUCUACGUGGAACCUCUGCCUGUCAUCUUCCAGAUCACUCCUCUGGAUGCCACCCAAUGGAUGAUGGUGCUUAAGAUCUCCCUGCCCGUCAUCCUGCUGGACGAGCUGCUAAAGUUUGCGGCCAGAAACUACUUGGACUUUGGUAAACAGCUGGAGAAGCCGGUCCGAAAAGGCUGCUCUCUGUCCGCAUGCACCGAGGGCAUCUCCUGGCCUUUCGUGGCCAUCUCCCUGCCCCUGGUUCUGUGGAUCUACAGCACCGAUACUAAUGUGUCCGCCUGGCUGUGGCCCUGACUGACUCCACUACAGUACCCUCCCUGUGCACCAGUGUGAAGUGGACAUUAACACACACAUCUAACACAGUUACAUUAACUCAGAACAACUCACAGUCAACACUUGCACAUAUUCUGACAGUGUGUGCUGUCAGAUCUUUUCUAUUUAGACAUUUUGAAUGAUACAUGUUCUUUUUGGGUCAGGGGGGUUGUAGUCAUAUUUUAAUGACUUUGACUGACAUUAUGUCCAGGUGUUUAUUUAAUCAUCAUGCUUCUCUCUUUAUUGGUCCCCUGUUUUGAACAGUAAGAGAUGCCUACCGUGUUCGAGCUGUGUGUUGAGCUGUACAGAGAAUUUACACUAUUUUAUAAUAAUUAAUAUUUUGUAAUUUUUGUGGGGCUGUGGGGAUUAGAGUUCUUGAUGUGAAGAGGUAUAACUAUAAGGACCAUGUAGUGAUACACUAAUUUGGGGUGGAGUCUCGUAUUUUCCUCUGGCAUGAAUCUCUACAGCCAUUUUUUGAGCUCCAUGCAUAGUCAUUCAUGAUUUUCUGCAGUAGGCAGAGCACAGCUACCUCAAUGCUGUUUUGUGACCAUUACUACACAUUUGUCUUAACAAACAUUUCAUUAAGUAUCAUUUAAAAUGUUGAGGUAAGCGCCAUUUCUGUUGCAGUAGAGACAAAGCCCUUACACACAUUUUAAGGUUUUUUAUAUAUUUGUCUUUCCUGUGUUGUUGGAGGGAAGAGAGGACCACCAGAUGUUACCAGUUUAAGCAAUUUUUGAUAAAGAAAAAAAAUCUGUUGCUAAAUUUGUUUACUUGAAGAAAACACAUUUGUCUUGGUUUUCUUUUUUUAAGUUUGUUUUUUUUUAUGACCCAAUCUCAACUUUCAUUCUUGAUUUUUUUUAUCUUAAUUACAAUAAUCUUUCUAAUAUUUGUAAAAAUGUGCACAUACUGUACUUGAAUAUGUAAAAAGGCACCAAGAAGCUGUUAGUCUUAGCAACUGAGCACAAAGUGGAUGAGCGAUCAUCGGAAGAGUCUGUAUAUCUGUACAUAGCACACAAAGUAGAAUCUCUGAAUAGGUGUUUUUUUUAUGUUGCGUUCAAGAUGCUCCAUACACUUACACUAGUUUACUUGAUUGUGGUUGUAGCCUUUCUGCAUGCCUGCUCCAAUAAUCCCAGGUCAGUGAGUGCUCUAGGAUGAUUAGAUUUCAAGCUAACUGUUGUUUCUUUCAAUGCCUUCCACUUGUUUACCUGCAGAGUGAGUACACUUUGACCUGCAUGCCAUCUCGCUUGCCCUCUUUUGUUGCAGUCGUUCUGCUGUUCAUUUCUCACAAGAGAAUGAAAGAUGGCUUUAUAUGUCUGAUUUGACUCAGUUUUUUCUUCUAUAUGUUUAAUGGUACAUCAGUUAGAGGGGGAAAGGAUUGAAGUGUUGGAGAGUUUGAUUGAAAAAGCCUUCAAUGUCACCAAGUGCCAUGAAACGCUGUGGAAACAGGAGCCUUUUGCUUUUGGCACCACGUUGCUUGCACCAGUUAUUUUUGACUGCUUUCUGGCAGCACGUUUUGGCUUCUGGCAUAAACAGACAUUCAAGUGCCCCCAACACUUUGUGGGACAUGGCUGUAUUUUUUAAAAUCAUACAUCUUUUGAAAUGUGCAUACUGUAUGUCUUUGUUAAUCCUCUGCUUGCCCAGAGCAUGGCCUUAAUUCUCCAUGUGUGCUCCUCUCAUGACAAGUGUUGAUGUUUUUUCGCUGCUCAUUUCUUCUGCUGUGACCUUUGACUUCUGUGUCCACUGAUUUGAUUUUUCCUCUCUCCUCUUUUUUCUUUGCAGCAAAGGCCAAGUAAGCCCACCUCUCCUCUAAACUCCUUUCAGAAUAGUUUGGUUUCGUUUUGUGUUUUGCAUGUGUGUUUUGGGCAGCACAUCUUACAAGAGCUGCAUGUCAGUCAAGUAAUAGAAGGACAGAGGCUCAUGAGUUCAUCCAUCAUUUUAUAGACCAGCUAUAAAUAAAUGUCCUAUGAAAACUAGCCAGUCCCACCUCAUCAGUCCUUCCAUCCUCCUGCAUGAAGAGCCUUAGAUAACCACACAAUUACACGCUCUCUUUUUAGACAGUGGUCUUAGUAUCGUGUACAGUAAAUUGUACUAUAUUUCAUGGUGCAUGUUUGCUGAAUCAGCCAUCUGUUUCAACAGACUUGUGUUAUAGACAAUGUAUAGUAUUGGUAAAUAGAAUAGACUUUCAUCAGAUAGUACAAAUGUUAAAUAAGCUCAAAAACAGAUCAUCUUUCCUAAGGAAAAACUUUUAUGGGAUAUUUAAAAACCAAACAACCUUUGUUUUAUUUUAUUUUGCUUUGCACUGAGAUGUGCUACAUGUUCGGAGCAGAUUUUGUCAUACCUGAGAGGGCGAACUUGUGACAGUGCAGUGAUGAAAACGAUUUGUCAUGAGAGCGGUGGGCUGUCCUUCCUCUGGCAUUUUUUGCCGAACUGCUGUACUGUAUUUUCAGAGAUGAUUGUACAAUGUAUCACAUGAACUUUGGUUUCAGGUAAAUAAACUGUCAUACAUGAAGAGUUUA